AUGCCACUUCCUCUCACUAGGCUCACUCUCAAGUCAUCCCUUUGGCCUAUCUUCACGAAGGCCAGCAUGGAAGGUACCAAUCAAAACUUCAGCCGCAGAGGUCGGCUGACUGGCGGACAAACUUUCCUUCCUCCCAAUCCAGCGCGAGGUGAUGGGAUGAGAGCACCUGGCCCAUGGGCCAUCCAUAUCCACAAACUGCCCUUUAGAGUGGCCAGAGACGGUGAUAUUCUGCAAGGGAGAUAUUUGAACGCCUUGAAUGCGAUGCCCAAUCAGCGAGAGCCGUACCUGCGUCCUGGAAUCAGUUUGUCGGCCCAAAACCUUCAGCGACAGAUGAACGACAACUUGCCCCGCGUGGAAGCGGCAUUGAUGCAGGUCGUGGGCCAACAGAAUGGGCUACAAUGCACGAGAUGCUUACAACGGUUUGGCAUAUUCUCCCAGUGUAUCUCGGUUCGCAACAUCGGUGGCCUUUCAGCUUGCGCCAACUGCCAUUGGGAAGAAAGGGACGACUGUUGCCAAUACGUGCAGAUAUCCAGUACUUUUCCUCCACCUACAGCUGGACCUGGUUUGAUGAACCCUCAUCAAGGUAACGCUUCCACAAACUUCCCUCAAACCCCCGCACGCAACCCCUUGCAUUCUCACACCCACACUCCUCGCCCAGAUGACGGCACAGCCGGCGCCACCAUUAUACGACCAUUGCAGCGCCAGGAAAUUACCAAGCACUUGGUUGCGCAGACGCGGCUGAUGAGGCAAAGCCGAGGUAUUGAACGUCAGCUGGAGGGACUUCGAGAUCAACUGGCUGCAGCCAAUGCUGCUACUACCACAACGGACCGACCAUUGCAGCAGAUCGUGGAUGAUAUUCUUGCUGCUCAUCGGGAGCUUGACCGCGGAAUCUGGCGUAAUGUCUACAAUACUGUGCAAAUGCUGAAAUCUUUUCGAUGGGGGUCGACCUCGUCUUGA